AUGCCGUCAGGUGCGAAGAAGAGGAAGGCGUUGAAGAAGAAGAAGCAACAGGAAGCGAUUGGGACAAGUACGAACAAUAAGGGUUCCAAUGGCGAUAAUCUUCAUGGACAUGAUGAACAUGGAAACCAAGAUGAUAGGGAAAGUGAUAGCAAUUUGAGUUCUCCUGGUUCUCAAGGAAAUGAAGAGUUUGGGACAAAAGAUACAUCUGCUGCUAUUUCGUCUGGUACGGUGAAGGGAUCUGCUAAAGAGGUAUCAGGAGAUGCAAAUGAUACUCAGGAACUAGGACUACAAAGUGAAAAUGUUAUUGCGGUUGAAAGAGGAACGAAUGACAAGAAAAGUAUUGUGGAAAAGCCACCCAGUUCCUCUUCUGAAAACGGUACCCAGGCCGCCAAAAAUGUAGCUUCAGUUGUGGAAAUUGCGGCCGUUGUUGAUUCCGUCGAACCUGUGGCUUCUGUAUCCAAAGUAGUGAUUUCUGAAAAGAGUGAGCACGUUGUGACCUCACCACGCUCAAAUUUGGUCAAGCAGAAGGAAAAUGAAGCGUAUCCAUCUCCAGGACUGGGAAAAGAUGAUAGUAAGGUGGCUACUCUUCCGGGAUCUGCUGCUGGAACAAGCAAAAAAGUAGAGAGUGUAAGGGAAUCUGAAGUUACAGUAUCCUCCGAGGAAAAGCGUCUUUUGUUGUCUGGUCCACCAGUCGUCCGAACUUCGUGGUUAAGCUGCUGUGGGUUGUUUGAUGCUAUGACAGGAUCUGACAGAUAA